GGCCGAUAUAGAUAUAAGGACAUUUCUACAUUGCGUCACGUGACAUAAUUACCACUAGAAUCAAUCAAGAUGAAUUGCACGUCAGCACACGGUGGGGAUUUUUUCUUAGUUGAUCCUGUCCAAAGCCUCUUGUGCAAUAGAUGGAUCUCGUUCAAUGCAUUGAAGCCUCCCGGUCGCUCGCAAUCGCAAAAAGGAAGACAUGACCGAGUUUGACGAUUGCAGUCACGGCGCAUCCAAUAUGUAUCUGCCAGGGUGCGCUUAUUACGUCUCGCCCUCAGACUUCUCGACGAAACCCUCUUUUUUGUCGCAAUCGUCUUCCUGUCAAAUGACUUUUCCUUAUUCUUCUAAUUUACCUCAUGUCCAACCUGUGCGCGAAGUGGCAUUCAGGGAAUACGGAUUAGAGCGCAGCAAAUGGCAGUACAGGGGCAGUUACGCUCCCUAUUACUCAGCUGAAGAGGUGAUGCACAGAGACUUUCUGCAGCCCGCGAACAGGAGGACGGAAAUGUUAUUCAAAACGGACCCCGUGUGCGGCCACCACGGAGCGUCCCCCGCCGCCUCCAACUUCUACAGCUCGGUGGGGAGGAACGGCAUCCUGCCGCAGGGCUUCGACCAGUUCUACGAGCCGGCCCCCGCUCCCCCGUACCAGCAGCACUCCGAGGGCGAGGGGGACGCGGACAAGGGCGAGCUGAAGCCCCAGCACAGCGCCUGCAGCAAGGCACCUUCCGGCCAGGAGAAGAAAGUGACAACGGCGAGCGGCGCCGCUUCCCCUCCCGGUGAGGCUGUUGCAGAGAAGAGCAACAGUUCAGCGGUUCCUCAGCGAUCGAGGAAAAAGAGGUGUCCCUAUACCAAAUAUCAGAUAAGAGAACUGGAACGUGAGUUUUUCUUCAACGUGUACAUAAACAAAGAGAAAAGACUGCAGUUGUCCAGAAUGCUCAACCUCACUGACCGACAAGUUAAAAUCUGGUUCCAGAAUCGAAGGAUGAAAGAAAAGAAACUGAACAGAGAUCGACUCCAAUAUUUCACUGGAAAUCCCUUGUUUUGA